CAGAAAUGAAGGAGCCGGCAUUGGUGCGCGCGUCAUGGACCUAAGAACCGUUUCCUCUUGUACCUUUUUAGCGUCGGAUCGGUCCUCGAUGCUGAACACAAGCCGCUGGAUACAAGGUCCUUUCCCCUGAGCACAGACAGUAAAGUCGUGAGCGUCAUGACCCGUUGGAAGCCAUGGACUUAAUGCUAUUUAAGGACGACUCAGAGGUCAAGAUCAGAAAGCCUUACGGUACCGACAAAUAAAAGAAUCAGCAAGAAUUUGUUUUCAUUGAAUUUUGUUGCCUCGCCUAACUAGCUGACGCUCGACGCCUUCUCACAGCCAACGCAUUUAUCACCAAUCACCUUCAGAGAAAUAUGCCAUCCGUACCAUCUUACCACGUUCUUGACUUCUUUCACGAUGAUGAGGAUGGUUGCGCCCUCACGAUCACGCGAAACUACAUCCGGUUCCACAUAAUUGCCGACCCUAAACGACUGAAGCGUGAAUGUGACCGGAAGCAGGGCCGAGAAUACUUUGGACUGCUACAGAAUUUGCGAGAUUCCGAGCGACGUGAAGAUGGGUCAACCUCGAUCGACAGCGGCAUCGAUGUGCAGAGCUCACAUGCGGAUGAUUCUAAGAUUAAAAAAGCCGGAAUGACUUGUGGAGAUGCUGAGGAGAGAUUACACAAGUGGAUGUUGGCACCUCUGGCCGCAAGACUUCAGGACUUGGCACCGGAUCUACCACCAACCAAGCAGCAGACUCUCCAGCAGUGGUACGAUUGCAAGACACACUUUUUCAAUCUCGAAAUCGCCGAGCAGGGGGUUGAGGCUGCGGAAUUAACAUCAUCAGAGGACCUGGAAGAAAGGAUGACGAAACUUCGGCCACACCUCGCGCCUAUACCGAAGUACAUCAGCAACAUCGACAUGCCUUGGUACUCUUCUGCCAGCCUCGAAGUCAUAGCAAGCGCGGACACACCAAGCCCUUACCACCCAUGCCUUGUAGCGCAUGCACAAAGCGGCGAGAAGAUGUUUUUCAAGACCGUGGAUAACAACAACACCCAGCCCAUCAAGCGAGAAAUUGACAUUUUGGCGAAGAUAGAAAGGAAAGGGCUUAGGAAAAUAUUGCAUUGUCCAAAACUACUGGGGAUCGUAACAUGUGACACACCAAUCGUGUCGGGGAAGAACAACAGGAGUUCCAUCAUGGGCUUCUUGCAAACAGCAAUCGACGAGCCGAUACCUCUGACCACCAAACUUGACUCGGCAGUCCCGCAAGACAAACGAGACGCCUGGGCUCGGAAGGCCGACGACGCCCGGAAGAUAUUGCAUGAAAACGGAAUAAUCUGGGGAGAUGCCAAAGCCGAUAAUUUCAUGGUAGACGCGAAAGACAAUUUGUGGAUCAUCGAUUUCGGCGGCAGUUACACUGAGGGCUGGGUUGAUCCCGACAUCGCAGAGACAAAAGAAGGUGACAACAUGGGCGUGGAGAAGAUCGUCAACGCCUUGAGAGACCCGGACCACAACGUUGCAGUAAGCGAAACCAGCGAUGACGACGAAGAUGAAGACAAUAGAGUUGAAGCCACAAGUAGCCGGAUAAGGAAGCGGGUGAAUGGGUUUCACCACAUGCGAGAUAGGAAAAGGCACAAGGCCAGUUCGGCUGAGAAGGUUGGGGAGGAGAAGGAAGGGGAGGAGGAGAACAGAUACUGUUAUCGUGGAGGUGCAAGCUCUGGGCAAAUGAUAGGCUGUGACGGCUCAGAUUGCGAGAUGGAAUGGUUUCAUGUUAGCUGUACUGACAUCACGGCGCUGCCUCCGAAGGAGGAGGCUUGGUACUGCGAGGCGUGCAAAGUCUAGAUUUCUACAUAUAUCACGGUAGAUGGGCUUCGAAUGAAAGACCAUAGGCCGGCAA